GCUGAUACUGGAGUGGAUAUUAUUAACUCGUUAUUGAUAUUUAAACGAAUUUAAAAAAGAAAAAUUAUAUUAUUUUUACUUUGAUAAAGAUUUUUAAAAAUUUAAAAUGAUCUCUACUAAUGUUAUGUCGUUUAUGAAAAAGAUAGUAAAAAGUGGCAACAGUGGUGGAGAAGAAAUUCGAGAGAAACCAAGCGCUAUCAAUAAACUUAAACAGACGGUAACACUUGGCAUGACUCUUGGAAGAGACAAGCCCAAACCUAUAGGAGAAGACCUGGCGUAUUUAACAGCAGAAGAAAGAUCGAUAUUAAACAGAGUUUGGCAAAAAGAGAAAGAAUUUGAGAAAGAAUCUCAAAAAUUCAGAAUUCAGAGUCCUCAAUCGACACCACAAGCAGUACAGAUCAAAGAAAAAGCUGUAGAAAAACCGCAGACACCGGUUAACGUUCCUUCUGGACCGAACUGCAGGAUAUGUCGUAAAAUUAUCGAACCGGGUGAACAGCGUAACAACUGUGACGAAUGUGGACAGGUAGUCUGUGACGAUUGUGCCUCUUAUUCGAAAACGUCAGCUAAUCAAUCUCAGGGUUGGAAAUGUAGUUUCUGUCGUAGAAGACAAGGACAAGAUAGGCUCGGUAUAGAACCUCCUCCCGGUUCUGGUAUGCAUAGGGUACCUUCCGUUAGAAGAAUGGCCGAAAAAUUAGCUAGAACUAACAAAGAAGUUGGCAUUUAUGGAUCCUCAGAGAAAUUAUUUACUAAAGAAGGAGCUAUAUUGCUUGAAAAGAGACAGCAAUCGACACAUGAUGUGAUCAAUAAAGAGUAUGCUUCUUGCUUGACUCCCUUCAAUCCGGACAGUAAAGAAAUGUCAAAUAAAAACAUAGAAGAUGAAUCGCCUCGAUCACUGAGAAAACAUUUAUCUUUAGAAAAAUCUCAAGAUGGUCGAACGAGAAGAGAAACAAAAUCAUCGGUCAAAAGACAAAAAUCGAUAGAAGAUCGAAGAAGAUCAGGGAGGACGAGAAAUUCUUCACCAGUCGGUAGGGACCAAUCUAAAGAAAGGUACUACUCUUCAGAAACACCCAGUGAUAGAAGAUCUUCUUCGGAAUCGCAAAAAGGACCAAUUCAUCCGUUGCCUGUUCACAAUCCAGCUAGAGUAAGUUCUUGUGGUGUAUGCAGUCUUACAUCUUCUCAUCAGCAUUCUCACGGAACGGAACAGUCUUCUCCAUCAGAAAGCUCUUUGGACGAGAUGAGCCAAAGCCCAGAAUAUGAUAAAAGAAGAAAGUAUAGAGUGAAGAGAAAAUCAAAAAUACAAAGACAGAAAAACUAUAUUGAAGAACCCGAUUCGGAUCCAUGCGGCUAUCGUGACGAAAGAGCGAGAAGUAAUGCCACUUCCUCAUUAGAAUCAAGCAGUGCCUUAGAAAGUAUAGAUAACGGUUUGGACUACUGGCCAAAGGAGUACAAAAAUUCUUCAGAGAAACCUCUACGACAAAUUGCUUCGGAUGCAGCUUUAUACGUUAGGCGCUUCAGUUCGGAAAGUUCGGAUAUAAGUGAUGUAAGUGGAGAAUAUUCCACCAGUGAUAGAAGCGGAAAAUAUAUAUCAACGUCCACAAAGAGACAACGGUCCAGCCAGAAACACCCGAGAAGGAGAAGAGAUAUAGUAAGUCCAGUGGUCAUGGAUAGUAGCCCAUCGGCUGACGAGCAGAUUAUAGAGCAUAGGACACCUGCAAAAUCCAGUUCGUUAGACGAUACCGAUAAAAGCCCAAAAGGGGCCACCACUCAGUUAAGGAAAAGUAUACCCUGCGUAUAUGUAGAUUCUGUAGCUGAUCUUCAAACUUCCAGGAGGAAUCACGUACAAGAUCAUACGGAAUGGGAUUAUCAACGAAGAAGUAGUACAGGAAGAGCGUUACCAGCAAUUCCGGAUGGUCAUAGCUUCCUUCUACCACAUACGAGGACACAAAGUACCCAUUCUUUAGAUUUACCACGAGAAGAAGUGGGUAGACCCGAGAGAAGAGCGUCUGCUCCUGAACGAGAAAACAUAAAGAUAGUGAUUGAUGAUGUGGAUUCAGAACAGAAAGGACGUUACGGACGACAGACGUAUCUAAGAAAUAUUCUAAUUCGUCGUGAUCCCGAUGACGAAGGUGCUCGUACCAAAGGUUUCGGUAUGAGGGUUAUGGGAGGAAAAAACGGUGACGAUGGACGACUUUACGCACAGAUUUCGUGGAUAGUUCCUGGAAGCGCUGUAGAGAAACAUGGCUUAAAACCGGGUGAUAAAAUAAUUAAAUGGAAUACGGAAUGCUUAACGGAUAAGACUUAUGAAGAAGUAUCAUCCAUUAUGGAACGAUCUAGUGAUGUGGUUGAAUUAUUGGUUGAGGUUUCAGGAAGAACGAAAAGUUUCGAUUCAAUUUCUUCGAUUAAGACAAAAAUAGCUCCCAAGUUAAUUAUAUCGACUGAAGGUUAUAAAGAAUCUGAUGUGUCAGUUGUCUCUCCGACUAGAAGAAAACUGCCAAAAACUCCGGAUCAAUUGGGUCAACAACACAGUACGGUUUGUGGUGAAGUAGGAGUACAAAUCUGGUAUAACCAAGAUGGAAACGAUCUGGUUGUGACAGUUCUAGCAGCAAGAGGGUUAAGGAGAAGAAAGUCUUCCUCUGCUGCACUCCCUAGAGCAUUUGCUAAAAUUCGCUUGGUCCCUCACUCUGCUUACAAUACCAUGAAGACUGCUGUAGCAGAACCUACUUGUAAUCCCGAAUGGAGUAAAACUUUUAUAUUUCCGGAAGUAACUUCGGAUGAUAUCCUGGAAUCGGUGUUUGAACUGUCCAUCUGGGACCACUGUCCAUUAGGUAGCAACGUUUUUCUAGGAGAGUUACAGCUACCUCUACGUAAAGCGGAUCUUCAAGACUGUCCCGAAUGGUACCCCCUUUCUGCCCACCAACAAACUCCCGUCGCUUUAUCGCCCACUCACAAAAUAACACCCCCAAGUUUGGUACCUUCUACACCAGCACACGAUAUUGCUCGAAGGAUGCUGCAGCGUGGUACUGAAGAAUAUUCCCAAUCGCUAACUUAUGAUGAAAUUAAAGAUGAGAGCAGUCUUCCUCCAGAGAAUAAAAACAUGCAAAGAAGCUCUUCCAUGGAUCUAACGCUGCUGCAUCCGGAUGAUGCUUGGGAUCGUCAUCCGACGCAACCUAGCAGCGGCAAUCAGGAAAGAAAGCCAUCGGCGCCGUCCGUCGUCACUCGAGUGAAGUCUACCCCUCCCAGUAGAAGAAGCUCCAACAAUUUGGUAUCUCAGGACAGUCUUCCAGAACUUUAUGGUACAGGUCCUAAGGUUAAAGAAAGAGUUCGGAGUGCCAGUUUUCGUGUUUACAGAUCAGCAGAUUCAGAUUCCGAGAAAGGUGAUCACAAGAAGCUAGGACAAUUAGUGAGAAGGAAAUUAUCUCGAACGUUAAGUCUAAAGUCUGACAAAGACAAGAGGUCUGUGGCUCUAGGAAGUCUGAUAGUUCCUCCUGAGCAACGCGUGAGUAAUUUAUCCAGUCCAGAAUUGACCCCUGACAGCGAUACGGGUGAUACACAAAAUAGAAAUCCUGGACAAAUCAUACCAAAAAGAUUUUCUGGGAAUGCCUUAGCACCAAAAUUAGGUGAGAUUAAAUUGGGAUUUGUUAUGACUAAGGGUCAACUAGAAGUCGAUGUAGUCUGUGCAAAGGGUCUCGCUAACAACAGCAAUGGAAAUCCUCCAGAUACUUACGUGAAGACAUAUCUAAAAGAUGAAGAUAGACAAAUGCAGAAGAGGAAGACAAAGGUGGCACGACAUAGCACCGAUCCACAGUAUAGACAAACAUUAAAAUAUAACGCUUCGGAAGUAUUCGGAAGAACACUUUUGGUAAUGAUCUGGGAGAGACAGAAAGGAUUUGAACACAAUCAAGCACUUGGUGCUACCGAAAUCCAGUUAGAUAAACUGGAGCUUUCUAAAUUAACCGUUGGAUGGUAUCAAUUGUUUCCUUACUCUCAUAUCAAAGCGGAAUCCACAGAGUCGACUUGAUCGAAAAAAAAGUCUGUGAUAAAAAUAUAUACAACCAUUAUUAAAGAAGAAAAAAUGCUCGAUGAGACAAUCAUCUUUUCAAUUACUUGGCCUUGGCGAACUGGUUUCUGCAAGAAGAAACAAAGAAACAAAGAGAGAUUUUUAUGGAAAAUUGGACUUCUCUCUUUUUUUUUAUAUUAAAGAAAAAAAAAUGGCGUACAAAAAUCUAUUUCUGUUAAAAAAAAACUCGGCUAAUUUUUACACAAACGAAUGUAGAAAUGCAAAUUUACCAGCUAAAAUUAAUUUAAAUUUAGAUAAUCCACAUAUCUACAUAUCACUGAUUACGAUGACCAUCUCACGAUGAUACAUUGAGAUCAUCAAGAAGAGGAGCAGCUGUGAUCAUCGUGCAAAAAUUUAUUGAUUAAGAUGAUGAGGGGUGCCUUAAUUUAGCAAAAAAAAAAAAUACAAAA